GGCAGAAAGAUCAGCGGAGGAGGAAGGAGAGGAAAGAGAGUGACGGGAAUGCAUAAAGAGCACUCGCUGUGCAGACCCUGGCGCGGCAGGGCUGAUGGAUCAUAACUGCAGCAAACCAGAAGGCAGGUCAAUACUCUCACUGCAAAGGCGAGGCUGUCUCAACAAGCUGCCAGAAAUGCAUGCUCUGCAGCAUAAAUAGCAGCCAGCUACGAUAGCAGUGGAGGGAUAGGAGGCUUAUUCUUGCUUCGCCGCCGGCCUCCGGUGGGGCUGGAGGAGAGGCAGCCCUCCAGCCGCGAAAGGAGCGCCGGGUGCUCUGAACCAGCGAUGGAGAGCUCGAGGGGGACCUACCUGAACACAGCUGCGGUGACCUCCCGGGUGGGAGUGGCCCGGCUGCUGCAGGCAGCCUUUGGAUGCACGACGUUCAGCCUCGUGGCCCACCGGGGGGGAUUCAGUGCAGCCUACGGCACCUUCUGCAUGUCUGUCUGGUGCUUCUGCUUCGCUGUCACCCUCUUUAUCAUCACCUGCGAGGUCACGCACCUGCACAGCUGCCUGAGCAUCUCCUGGGGAAACUUCACGGCUGCUUUCGCCAUGCUCGCCACCCUCAUGUCCGUCACGGCUGCUGUGAUCUACCCACUUUACGUCCAGUUUGGCUGCACUUCCAGCGGAUGUGAGGUGAGAGACUUCCGCAUAGCUGCAAGCGUUUUUGCGGGGCUUCUCUUUUUCGCCUACGCUGCAGAGGUCUUUCUUUCCAGGGCCAAGCCAGGGCAGGUGAGCAGCUACAUGGCCACUGCUUCGGGCCUCUUGAAAAUCGUCCAGGCUUUUGUCGCCUGCAUCAUCUUCGGUGCUCUGGUAAACGGCAGCCAGUACCAGAGGCAUGCAGCCACCCAGUGGUGUGUGGCUGUUUACAGCUUCUGCUUUGCCGUGACGGUGGUGGUGGUGGCCCUCAGCAUCACGGGAAGGACAUCGACGCUGAGGUGCCCCUUGGAGCGCUUCGUGGUCAUCUACACGUUCGUGGCUGUUCUGAUGUACACAAGUGCGGCGGUGAUCUGGCCGGUGUUCUUCUUCGACCGUAAAUACGGCUCGCCACACCGCCCACACCAGUGCUCCAGAGCCUCGUGCCCCUGGGACAGCCAGAUGGUUGUUGCGGUGUUCACGUGUGUCAACCUCGUGCUUUACAUCGCAGAUUUGGUAUACUCACAGCGGGUCCGCUUUGUUUCACACCCUUAAUAGCCAGCCCCAACACAAAGCCAUAAAGGAUGUGGACAAGAACAGAAUUGGGACCUGCGGAGAAAUCUAUUAACGUUCCAAAGCAUGUUGUUAAGAAGAACAAAACUAUAGGAUAUUCCUGUACUAGGUAAGAAACAAGAAGAAUGCCUUUUUCUAGCCCACACUCACAGCACUGCCAUCAUUCCAGCAAAGGUGCAAGCUUGCAGCAACAAUUACUUCAUGGGCCAACCAGCAUCUCCCUGGCCUAGUCCUAAAGAUGGUGGAAGGGGCUUUGGACCCUUAAGAAAUCUUCAGGAACUGUACAACAGUUUAAAAGUUAUGGCAAUACAGAAAAAUAUCUAUACCACAACGACCACCUGCCUGGUUUUUGUUAAAGUGAAAAACAUAUCAGUAAAUCUGGCAGAUCAUGCCAAACUUUUCUGAAAAGAUUAUGGAAGGUGGGGAAAUUAUGAUAAUCUUGAAGAUCUGAAGAUUGAGCAUCUCUUCCAGACUACUGGAGCAACUGUUUCCUUAUGCAUGUACCUUGAUUGUGAAUGAAAACAUUAUCAAGUUCACAAUUGACAGUGGGGAUGGGAUGGGGGCAGGUUGGGGGGAAGGUUGUUAUAGCAUCCAAAACAAAUUAUUUCCAGAUUGUUUUCCCCAAAGCUCCUUCAAGAAGUGUUUCGGGACACCUUGAUGCCUGCAGAAAGUGUGGCUACAUACAAGACAUCAGCCAAAUUUGUGAACCAUUUAUUAGUUUAGACAAAUGAUUAUUGAGUGUGUUUUUUUCUUUUGGCAAGAAUUAGGCAAUAGAUAUUAUUGAGUUCCUUAACAACUUUGGCACCAUGUAAACUGCCAAACUGGUUCAUAAUUUAAACAUGGCCUGGAUUCUUUUGGUCAUUUGCAAAAUGUAUAACAUUGCUCUCAGUCUAGCCAAGUGCCUGUUGCCUGAUCUGACCUCGGGAUAGACCAACUCUUGGUCCACAAAUGAGAAGGCACCUGAAUAACUUAUCGUGCAACACAGUGCAAAAACACUUGUUGGUCUCCUAGAGAAUGGACCAGGAUCUUCAACUGAAUCAUUUCAUCCAAAGACAUUUUCAAAUAUAAGAAACCAAAGCAAAUUGUCUAUUCAUAUCAUUUAUAUGCAGUAUGUGUGAAUUGUGCAAAAAGGUUCAAAUUGCAAUCCAAAAUAAAAAUGACCAAUAGGCAAAAGUAUUUAGGGUUUAUUUAAGAUAUUUAAAAAUACACCUGUAAAAUUAUGUUCAUGCAUUAAUUUUGCUCAUCCUAUAAACAGGGAUGCAGAACCUGGGUCAGACCCCCUUGUCUUAGCCUCAUUCCUCUUCCCAGGAUCACUGACUGUUUGUUGGUUUACCAGCUCUCAGGCAGUUUUUUCCUGUUCUAAACAAUUGACAUGCUUUUCCUAAGCUUUAGUUAAUGCCACUAACUUCAGUAUGCUGCAGGUCUGGUUUUUUGGUCUGCCCCUUUCGCCUGUGGCCCCACUUUCCCCUGGAAGGGGUGCCCCAGGAACUUCUCUGUCGUAGAACCUGGUCUUUGGGCUGAAGGAGGAUCUGCACCCUGCCAUAGAAGAAUCUCUGUCCUUGCUUUUAUCCUCCUCUUUCAGCCAAUAUUCAGGGUUGUCCUCCAACCAACCGUCUUAAACGUAAGUGUGCAUUAAUACAGAUUACAUUUAUCUCCAUCUAGAAAUGAACAGCAACUUCUGUUUGAAUGUCUGUGCCUGGUCUAAUACAGCUCAGAUGUGUAUUAGGAAACUAAAAGAAGUUGCUGAAGUUACCAAAUGAGCAUGUUCUAAAACUAGGUCUCAGAAGUUUCCAGAUGAAGGCUUGUAGUACGAUAACAGAGUUGGGGUUGGCACCUGGUCAUAACUGUUAUAGAUCAUUAGUAUUUCAGAAACGUUGUAGGAAUGCUCUUGUAGAUGGCAUAGUUCUGAGUGAUAUCCCAAAAGAGCAGCAUUGUUGCAGCUGCAUAACCCAUCUCGGCAUUUGCCUGGCAUGGUCAUUCUUUUAGGGGUGCCAGUGAAGCAGCGCUGGCUCCAAGGGAUGCGUCCAGCAUCCUUCAU